AUGGAUAUGGACACUUCUAAUCUAAACGAGAUUUCUAAAGUUGAAAAUUUAACUAGAUUAGUAUUUAGUGGAAGUAAAGGUAUACAAUUUCAAUUUACUGCUACCGGUCUCGAAGGAAAAAUUACACCAUCUGAUAUAUUUUUUGCUAUAAUUGGUGAUAAUGUUAUACAAUUAAUGGUAACAGAAACAAAUCGUUACGCCAAUUAUAUGAGAAAUUCUAAGAAAUUUACACAAUCAAGUAGAAUAAAUAGAUAG